GGUGGGGGGCGCUCGCGCAGCCGGGAGAGACCGGCGCUAGGCAGAGCGAGCGCGAUCGGGCUCCAAACUCCGGCGCUGCCGCCGAUCCGACUCCCGGCCGGGUCGCGCUGCGCGCCGCGCUCAGCCCAGCCACCCGGAGCCGCGGCGCGCCGGGAGGACGCCCGGAGCGCUAGGGCGCGGCGCCCCGCAGAGGCCGAGCUCAGGGCAGCCCGGCGCCCCCGCGGCCCGGCCGCAGCGGCAUGGGGACGCCCCCACGGCGCCCCACGCUGCCCGCCACCUCCUCGGCCCGCGGCCGGAGGCAGGAGCGCGCCUGAGCCCAUGGCGAGGGGACCCGUAGCCGCCGCCGCCACCAUCCCGCCACCGCUGCCAGCUCCCGGGCACCAUGCGAGCCGCCCCGAGCCUCCGCGGCUGCGCCUGCUUGCUGCUCGCCGCGAUCUUGGACCUGGCGCACGGCUACCUGACUGUCAACAUCGAGCCUCUCCCCCCAGUGGUGGCCGGGGACGCCGUGACCUUGAAGUGUAACUUCAAGACCGAUGGCCGCAUGCGCGAGAUCGUGUGGUACCGGGUGACCGAGGGCGGUACCAUCAAACAGAAGAUUUUCACCUUCGACGCCAUGUUCUCCACCAACUACUCCCACAUGGAGAACUACCGCAAGAGGGAGGACCUGGUGUACCAGUCCACAGUGAGGCUUCCCGAGGUCCGCAUCUCGGACAACGGCCCCUACGAGUGCCACGUGGGCAUCUACGACCGUGCCACAAGGGAGAAGGUGGUCCUCGCCUCAGGCAACAUCUUCCUCAAUGUCAUGGCUCCUCCCACCUCCAUCGAAGUGGUGGCCGCUGACACACCAUCACCCUUCAGCCGCUACCAAGCCCAGAACUUCACGCUCAUUUGCAUCGUGUCUGGAGGGAAGCCAGCGCCCACCGUUUAUUUCAAAAGAGAUGGGGAACCCAUCGACGCCGUGCCCUUGUCUGAGCCACCGGUUGCAAGCUCGGGCCCCCUCCAGGACAGCAGGCCCUUCCGCAGCCUUCUGCACCGUGACCUAGAUGACACCAAGAUGCAGAAGUCGCUGUCCCUCCUGGACACUGAGACCCGGGGAGGGCGUCCCUACACGGAGCAUCCCUCCCGCGUCUUGACCCCAGACCCCAGCGCCUUCCUGCAGCCGACCACCGAGAAUGUCCCGGAGACCAUCGUGAGCCGCGAGUUCCCCCGCUGGGUCCACAGCACCGAGCCCAUCUACUUCCUACACCACAGCCACACCCCAGGCAGUGACGGCACCGUGGAGGUGCGUGCUCUGCUCACCUGGACCCUCAACCCGCAGAUCGACAACGAGGCCCUGUUCAGCUGCGAGGUCAAGCACCCGGCACUGUCGAUGCCCAUGCAGGCAGAAGUCACGCUGGUUGCCCCUAAAGGACCCAAAAUCGUGAUGACGCCCAGCAGAGCCCGGGUUGGGGACACGGUGAGGAUCCUGGUCCACGGAUUUCAGAAUGAAGUCUUUCCAGAGCCCAUGUUUACAUGGACACGAGUCGGAAGCCGCCUCCUGGACGGCAGCACCGAGUUCGAUGGGAAGGAGCUGGUGCUGGAGAGGGUCCCGGCAGAACUCAAUGGCUCCAUGUACCGCUGCACAGCCCAGAACCCUCUGGGCUCCACCGACACACACACCCGGCUCAUCGUGUUUGAAAACCCAAAUAUCCCAAGAGGAACGGAGGAUUCCAAUGGCUCCACGUCUGGCCCCGCUGGCGUCCGGCUCACUCUGGUGCUCACCCUAACAGUGGUCCUGGAGCUGACGUGAAGGCGCCGCCCCUCCUCCGACCUCCACUGGCACCGACUUCCCUGAGGGCGAUGGGUUUUCAUUUCUUUUCUAAACUAUUUCCAGUCUCGUUCUUAGUCUCUUUCGGUCUGUGUCUUGGCUUCUUCAGUCGGUUUAAUUAAAACAAACACGAUUUUCCCCA